CGAGGAGGGACUCAAUGUUCAAAAUGUCGGUGUCCCCCCUCGUGGGGGCUCUGUGCUGUGUUCUCCUUGUGUCCUGGGCUUCAGCAGGAGCAGAUGAAGAUAAAGAAGCUAGGUCACCCGAAAAUGAGGACAAAUUCAAGGAUUAUUUCGAAUUUUAUAUUAAAGAAUCCAAUCAUUCAGGGGAGGGGUGCAAUAUGGAACUUGCCAAGAUGUGUCUUUUAGGUUUGUCCAAUGGUACACUGACAGCUAUGAUUUCUAGUGACCCAGAGGAGAAAAAACGAGCUUGCGAAAUGGUGUGGAGAACCAAGAUGUGCAUUGAAGGAGUCAUGAUUUCCUGUCCUGAGCGUCAUGGGAUGGAUAAAAUCUUAGAUCCGUACGUCCCUCUUCUGACUUCCAUUGCAGAAACAGUUUGCAAUGAAGGAAUGGAAGAUGACACGGAUGAAGAUGAACCCAAUGAAGGCAAUGGACAGGGCGAAGAGAGAGAUACACAAGAUUCCUGGUCAAUGUCUAUGGAGGAGAAAAAGGGUUGUGAUCUCAACUUGGUGGGAAUGUGCAUCUCUGGUUUCUUUUAUACAGCUGUUGGUGCUUCACGUAAAACAUCACCAUUUUCAUUCACUGAUGGACUGUGCUGGCAAACAGGGACAAGUUUAUCUUGUCUUGCGUCCACAAUGCCAAAGUGUCGUCAUAAGAAGAUAAGAAACUUUGUUAGCAUGAUGGCAGCUGAGCUUCAAAUCACUCAAGAGGCAGCAUGUAAGAAAUCUAAAGGCUGUAACUUUGAGAGAGCAAUGGAAAAUAUGAUGGCAUUCCAGAAUGCUGUGGAUUCUCCUCUUGUCCAGAUGCAGGGAUCCCCUUUGUCUUGCAGUAUUAUGGAUGUGACAUUAACAAUGACCAUGGCUGACCUAAAGGACUGUCCACAAGAGGUGUACUCAAUGGUCAGUGGAGGAAUUCAUGUAAUGUACAAGGCCAGAGAAGCUGUCUGUAUUAAGGGGAAGUAUCCUUAUAUUGCCAUGCCUCCCGUCCCAAUGCUGGAUGAGGUGACUGCACUUGGAGCUAUCGUUAACAGUCCAUUUGCAACAAAAGAAAAUGUUUGUCCGUUAUUUGAGAUAGCCAUGAAGAAGCUGAUGACGAUGAAGUCAGACGACGUCAAGCCAGACUCUGUAAUGAAUUUGAUGGACACUAGCAUGAGAAUGAUGGGAGAAUUAUGUGCCGAUGAGAAAAUGUGGGCAGAUCUGAUGAACCGCACUCUAAUGAAUGAUCCCAAUCGACCAUGCAUGUUUACAGAAUCGACCAUGUGUGACAUAGAUCGUGCUAGAGUGUGCGUUGCCCAGUCUCAGCUGGAUAUGCUGCUCGGUGAUGUGGAAAUGUUUGGAUGGGAGCCUGUAUGCAGUGGCAUUGAGAAGAUGACAAGAUGUGUACAGUAUAUGACAAAUGGAUGCAAAAAUUCCUCAGAAGUGACCAUAGAAAGAAUCAGUCCAAAAGUGAGGGAGAUUUUCUCUGCCGCUGCUGAUCACUGCCCAGUCAAAACCUUAUUGGAGAUGCGAGGGGCAUGUUACCCCAGGAAAUGUAACAUUCACCAUGCCCUCAGCUGCUUCAGCGUUCCAACUGAACGUGAUAUUGCUUCUGGCCAGACUUGCAGUUUCAUCAACAAAACACUUAGCUGCAUAACAGGGAACAUUAAUGGAUGUGGAAUGUUGGAAUCUGCCCAGCCUGUGGCUUACGCACUAAAGAGAUACCUAGACUGGCUCAAACCUUACUGCAUGGACAUUGUGGCUGACCAGAUGCUAAAAAGUCUGCCAGAAUGCAGUGUCAAGUACCUGGAUGGGUUCAAUUUUGUCCUGACCCACUCCACGAAUUUUAUACAAGACUUCUGUGGCUUCCACAUGCACAUGGCUGAUCAGUGUGAUGAUAUGGAAGAUUUACCAGCCUUCCCUACAUACAGCAAAGCCAAGCUCUAUUCUCGGGCUGCUAUGAUUUCAUGGAUGUGUCAGAAAAAGGGUUUUGGUAAGGUGAUGAAUGAGACGAUGAUAAAGAUGAGAGUAGAGGAGCUAUCCAUGGAAUCCAGAAAUGUGUCAGAAAUGGAGAUGAUGAAUUAUGAAAUGGCCGGGUCUUGUUUGACCACUUACAUGCUUCGGCUUUUAGAGUUUUUCACUUUACCCAUUCCUCAAAGGAAAACCCUAUGCAGUGAUGUUGAAUAUACCAAAAAGUGUGUGCAUGACCACUUUGCCAAUGCAACAGAAGCCAGAAAGCAGACAGCUAUGGAGGCAAUGAAAGUAGUGAUGAUGCUACACCAGCAGGUCUGUCCCAUGGAGAUGAUGGAGAUGCCAAAGAUGGACAAUACUACCUGUAAUGUCAAUGCCAGUGUGUGGUGUCUGGGUAUGAUGGGGAAAUAUUUGUCCUCAGCUUCUGCCUUCCAUACAGAAACUCACUGUGGUGCUGUAAGUAUGGCUAUGCAUUGUGUAUACAACAACACUAUGAACUGCACACCAUCUGAGAAGGCACUUGUAAAAGAAGCCAUGGAUCCCAUUCUUAGCCUAGCAGGAUCAGCAUGUGAAGUAAAAACCGAGGAGGGAUGUAAUGUAACCAGGGCUUUGAUUGGACGAUUUCUGCCAGAGACAUGUGAUCAGACAGCUAUACAAAAUUGCUGGGACUGGUACAACAAUGCAAAGGAUUACUACAUUUUAACCAAUAACACAAAGGCUCUCUGCAGUAUGGGACAACAGGCAGUGAUGUGUGCCCAAGCCAGUUCUAGAAGUUGUGAUGCAGGAACCACAAAUACACUAGUAACAACUCCAAUGGAGGCCCUUAAAAAUGACCUACAAAUGAUGUGCAGGGCCAUGUUUUCUGAAAUGGAGACAAGAGAUAGGGACAACAGUACAAAGAUGUGUGAGAUAAAACCAGCAAUGGUGCCCUGUGUUGGGGAUGUAGAAAUGUGCUUUAACAGUUUAAAUCCAGCCGAAAUUUGUGGAAACCAGACCUCCAUUAAGGCCUGCAUUAGUCUGAUGAUGAAGGGUUGUGACAAAUACAUGGUGUAUUCCUAUUCCUCCUCAAUCAAAAUGAAUCAAGACAGCCUGGAGGAAGCCAUUAAAGGAUCCUGUAAACUUGUCCCAGACACCCUUCCCACAAUGCCGAGCAACUUCUCCCAGGAUAUGAAAUGUAUAGCAGGCAAUGAUGUGUUUGCAAAUUAUCUGUUCAACGAUUCAGCUACUGAGGGAAAUCUUUGUGAGAUUUUCACAAAUAUGUCCAAGUGUAUGGUAGCCAAUGCCUCGGCUGUUUCCGUACCUUGGAGAGAAGCCUUAGAGUCUAUCAGUCACACAGUCAGAAAACAAGUGUAUUUCAGGUGUACUGUUGUAGAUAACAUGAAUAUGGUGUAUAAAGAUGAUGGAAGGAAUUCAUCAGAUUUUGAAAUUCCACAAAAUUCUUCCUGUGAUGUCAUGACUGCCUCGAUUUGUAUGUACAAUUAUGCUGCCUCCAACCUUUUCCCAGCAUUUUAUCCCAUCAGAGAAAGAGAACAGACAUGCAGAAAACGAAGUUCUGAUGUUAUGUGCAUUCAUAAAAAUUUAAUGGGUUGUCCUGCUGCAGUCAAAAUGAAGACAAUACGGGUCUUGGAUUGGUUUAAUAGUAUUGGGAAGAGUAUAGGAAUUUGUAAUGAGGAGCCACCAAGAAAAUGUCAGCCCAAGGAGGCCAUGAAAUGUGUGAGCAUGCUCAGUGAAGGAAUCAUGAUGUACGGAAUGACAGAACAAGCACCUGCUGUCUGCUCUGGAAUCGUUUCUACCGAGUUGUGUGUGCUGGAGAACACCGCUGGUUGUGAGGCGGGAGAACGCGCCACUGUGGAGGAUGCCUACAGAGACGUGUCCGGUGUCGCGGUCAAAACCUGCCAGAUGGACAACACUAAACCCAUGCAGGUCAUGCAGAGAAAAUUUACGGAAAUGUGUGACAUGAGGAAAGCAAAGAUGUGCUUAACUGGAAUGUUUGACAAGGUUGCUAUGACAACAGUUUCAAUGGAAGAAGUGGACAAAAAGAAACUUUGUGGUGAACUACACAUGAUGGCAGAGUGUGUCAAGAAGAGCAGCAUGAACUGUGAUGAAGAAGACAAAAAGAAAAUGGCUGCCCAUGCUCCACUGGUCAUGGGACUUCUCAUGGGAACAUGCUCAGAGGAAGAAGAUGAACAGGAAUCUCAUGAGUCCAACAUGUGUAAGAUGACAGCAGUGAGGUGCCUGAGGGACUAUAUUCAGAUUUCCACAAUGGAUUCUCUCUCAGACUACUGCAGACAGGUGCCCCCUACCAUGAAAUGUCUGUCCAGUGCAAUGACUGGCUGUAACAAGAAGUUUCAGAGUUUAGUGGGUAUGGCAAUAGACCAGAUUGGGGAGACCUCCGGAAUGGUGUGUAAAUCUGAGAAAUGUAACAUGGAGCUAGCAUCCAUGUGCAUGAUGGAAGCGGGAGCUCUGCUGAAGAUGCCACCCCAGACAUUUACUGAGAGUCCUCUGUGGUGUGGAUUUGUAAAACAUGCCUUAAGUUGUGUUGAGAUGCAUGGAAAAUCCUGUGAUAUGAGCAAGAUGCCACUAUCAGCAGCCUGGUACAACUCCAGUAAGUGGAUGGUAGGGGUACUGUGUCGUGAAGAACCCACCCCUAAUCCAGUUCUGGGUCUAGCGCCAGCCUUCCAGCUGGAGGGACUCUUCUCUCUGGUGUCCUUACUGGGUAAUCGAUACUCUACCAAAGAGACUAUUUGUCCACAUUACAGGAACAUGAUGAUGUCUGUUUAUGAAGCUUCUUUUGUUCUGAGCCCUGAAGUUUAUGCCCAGAUGAUACAGGUGUAUCGACUCCCCUUGAAGACAGUGGGGCACAUAUGUUACGAUGGGUCUGAGGGCUGGACCAUGUCUGACAAGAAAGCCACGUGUGAUGUGAAGGCUGCCUAUCGAUGUGCACAGGAAGCUGGAAUACAUUCUAAGAUCACCAGUAGUGUAUUCUAUGGCUGGAAACCAGUUUGCCAGUCCAUGGAGAAGAUGACUUGUUGUAUAGAGAGUGCUACCAGUGAUUGUACCGACCAUAAGUCACUCCUGGAUCUCAGGUCUCUCUAUCGUGAGAUCUAUACUGCCGUAGGAGAUAAAUGUUCUCCUCGAGAUAUCUCAAUCAGACUCAUGAAGUCAUGUCCAAUGCCAGUCCCAAAGAAGUGCGAGAUCACUAAUGCCAAAAGUAAAUGCCUACUAAACAUUAGAUCAGAAUCGGACAAACAGCAGAUUUGCAGCAAACUGUCAGAUGUUGUUAAAUGUGUCAAAGAACACACAGAGGGUUGUGCAGCUGCCCAGAAUGCACCUCUGGAGUUUAUCUUGCACAAAUACAAGGAGUGGAGGCAGUCUGCCUGUGACCUCAGCAGUGUGGAUACACAGGUCAUGGUGAAGGAUGAAACCUCAGAUGUGGCCAACUGUAGCAUGGUGCUCAUGAACAGUUAUUACAAGGGUUUGACCACUAAGUCCAGCUUCAUAGGUUCUUUAUGUUCAGCCAAGAGAGAGGAAGAGAAGUGUAUCCAACAAGCUAAGUACAUUCCUCUGCCGAUACAGUUCAAUUUUGCUGAAACUAUGGACGCGUAUCAGGAAUUCAAAAAGAUGUGCAAUCAGACAUUUGAAAACAAGCCAAUGCCUAGCGAACCAUCAAGUUGUAUGAUGGAUGUGGCUGCAAUGUGUGUAGUAUCUUAUUCACAGACUUUGAUAAGAUGGAGACUGACCCCAAUGGCAGAGAGACUCCCCAUGUGUGGAAAGAUUCUUGAUGUGCAGAAGUGUGUCAAUAACAGUGUACAGACCUGUUCUAAGCAGCGACAAGAUGUAUUUAGGGAUGGUCUGAUCUCCCUGGUCUAUGAACACAUGGAAGCCUGUCCGUCAUCUAUUCUGCCUACUGUCAAGCAAAUGGAUGAUGUGUGUUCCCCAGAAAUGGCUUCCAUGUGCUUAGAGCACUAUGGCAUGUACCUCACUGAGAUCACCCCAGGCAAAAAGAGGGAGGCUUGCAGUAAAUUCCAUGAGACACUUGAAUGUGUCCAUCAAUUCACUAAGAACUGCUCUGACAGUGUCAAAGGAUCUUUCGCCCCCACUCUGGACCAUAUCCGUAAUAUACUGGGGGAUUCCUGUCCUCUCUUGUCUACCGUCAUGUGUAACACGGAUAUGUGGGAAUCUACACUGCAAAACUCAAGAUGUGAACUACCCAAGGCAAAUCAGUGUUUGAUGAAACUUGACGAAUAUGCUAGAGCCAAUAUGACCAAAAUGGAUGGAAUGUGCAUGGAAUAUGCAAAAACAUUAGAGUGUGUUUUACAAAACACCAUAACCUGCAAACCUGAAGAUGUCAAGGAGAUCAAUACCACUGUACAUGUCAUCAUGGCAACACUGGGGUAUGAAUGCAUGAAGAUUGCUGCCAAGGAUUCAAGGACAGGGAAUUCUGGGAUGCAGGAAAUGUCAUUACCCCUGCUUGCUGCUCUCCAGACUUGUAAGCCCAGACCUGUGUGUACAACAAGAUGGCUGGACUGUGCCCCAGACAUGAAUGUUACCGUUGUCUGCGACAAUGGAGAAAAAAUUGCCAAAUGUAUGUUGGAAAAGGCUGUUGGCUGCAGCAAUGGAGCACAAUUGUUAGUAGCUCAGGAUGUCCGAAUAUUUGCACAAGAAAUACAAAAAUACUACAGGGGCGGCAAGUGCAAUUUCUCAGAAGUUGUGAUGGAGAGAACCAAUCCAUUAGUUCCCUACAUGUUCAACAAGGCAUGCUACCUACAGUUUUCUGCUAACAUCACCGCCGUCAUGAAGAAUGCUUCCACAUCUUUCUGGGAUGUUUGCCCCAUUCUCAGUCAGACACAGCGCUGUAUUGAGAUGCAAGGCACAUUCCAGGAACCCCUAAUACGAGGGAUGUGGAAGUCAGCAGCCCACCAGGUUGAUCUCAACAAGUGCUUUGCUGGAUAUGCAGAGGAAAUGAUGAAAAUGAAUAUGUCUAGAGAAGACAGGAAGAUGAUGGAAAUGGAGAACUGGAACAUGACUGACCUGUACAACAGGACCAUGAAAGAGUCCUCUCAGUGUGAUAUGGAAAUGGCUACUAAUUGUAUACAGUAUAUUGGAAAUAUAGCUGUGUUUGGGGGAAGAACACCCAUGAUAGACAGAGCAGCUUCUUGCAGAGACAUUGCUAUUUGGCAAAAAUGUGUUCUUCAUUCCACCAUGCAGUGUUCAGCAAAACUCCGUAUGAAGUUCUUAAAUACAGCAAAGACCCUCAACAAUCUUGUCCAAUCAAAGGGCUUCUGUCUGGAUGCUAAGGAGGUUGCUAAGGACUCCUUCAGGGCAGAGGUCAUGAAAAUGGAGUGUAAUGAAAAGGAGGCUAUGCAGUGUCUGGGCAUGCUCAGUCUGUCCAUUCAGCAGCAGUAUUACAUGGAAACCAGAAGUGCUGUUUGCUCACACCUACUACCUGUCGAGGUCUGCAUUGCUAAGAAUACCCUGAAAUGCAUGCCUCAUGUUCGCAAGAGCAUUGAAGCAACCUACAUGGAUCUGAAAACCAUUGCCAAGAAUCUUUGUAAAUCUCGCCCAAAGACAGAGGUGACCAACAAUGACCACUGCCUGUCAGAUAUGCCAAUGAAACAAAGCACUGUGUGCAGUAUUCCAGAGGCCAUGUAUUGUAUGAAUUCUGUACAUGCCAAGAUACUCAAGAUGGCUGAGCGCAAGGAGUCUGUCUGCAGUGUGUUGCCUGAGCUGAGGACCUGUGUCUGGAAGUAUGUAGGAGGUUGUGAGAGGUGCCAGCAGGACAGCGUAUAUCACACCAUGCAGGACGUCUUCCGUCGACUCUCGAAGCUCUGUCCGAGUGCCAUGUGUAAUCCUUGUGGAGCUCGCUGGUGUGCAGAUCAGCUCAACAUGACCAUGAUGAUGAAAAACAAGGAAAUGGAUGAUCAGCAUGAUAUGACGAUGAUGAAAGAAAAACAGAUGUCAUGUGUUGAUGUCUGGAAGACCCGUCAGUGCAUGGAGAUGAAUCUGGCGACCUGCAGCCAGGAGGAGACCCAUCACGUCAGGGACACUUUAGAGAGGAGAAUGGCUCCCAUGAUCCCCACCACAUGUCAGGCCAAACUUAAGUUCAGCGAGUGUGCUCUCCACUUCGCCGUCAUGGCUCAAAAGAUCAUUGGGGUAUCAGAGGAUAUGAUGCCAAAAGCUGUGUUGGCAGAGGUGCAGAAAAUUAUGGAGGAAUAUAUGAAGAACAUGCCUAAACCCCCUACAUAUGAGGAACAACUGAGGGCCGUGAGGAGACUGGUAAAGAUUGUAGGCAGUAUGGAGAAAUCCCAGUCCUGUCCCCCCGAGUCUGACGGCUGGCCAUGGGGACUCCCUGAAGAUCGCCCAACACAGUGUAAGGAAGCUACAUCAGCCUGGCAUUGUAUGGAAACACACAUGCAGCAGCUUCCAAUGGACAAAGUUCCUAUGGUCAAUGCCUCACUGCAUCUUAUUGGUCAACUGUUAAAGGACAAGUGUGAUGAAAAGCCUUUGAAGUGCUUUAGUUGUAAAAAUGCUAAAUCAAAUGAGGAAUGUAAUACACAGCCCAUGGAAACCUGCAAAGGACACAAUCAGAUGUGCUACACAGUAACGACACUUCCUAAAUCUGUGAAUGAUACAGCAACAGAUGAAAAAACACAAAACACCACAAAAGACAGACCCAAAAGAGAAGCUGAUGAUCGAGAGGACAUGAAGGAAAUGCAUGGGUGGAUCAGCAAGGGGUGUACAAGAAGAAUUCCACUUCUUCAACAAGACACACAAUGUAUGGGUGAAGGAAAGUGUGAAUAUGCCUGUUAUAAAUCUGACUGUAACUACAUGACUCACUCUGCCAUCAGGGAUGACAUGUCUUGUGACCCUAAGAUGGCAGCUAUUUGUGGAAUGCAUCUAGUGAGUGAUCUGUUGUCUAUGGAGAGAACAGAUUGUGGGAAGGUUCAGGAGUAUAUGCAGUGUAUGUAUCAUCACACUGCGAAGUGUAUGUCCAGCAGUGACCAGCACAUGCACAUGCAUGCCUUACAGUUGGCAUCUACUCCGGGGCUAGUCCGGUGCUAUGCAGAGCCAGAGAUGUGCCAGUGUGGGCGUUGUACUGCAUUGAUAUUCACCAAUCUGGCCCAGAACCCUCUAAUGUCUAGAGAACAAGUCUGCAUGGCUGCAGCUGAGGCUCAGUCUACCAUCAUGAAAUCUGUAAUGACCCAGGAUUGUACCAUGGAGGACAUGAAGAAUUUGUAUGAGGCCACAGAACUAGGGAUGUCCAUGUUGGGAGAUAUGUGUAAUCCUCCAUUUAUUGGAGCUGUACUUGGUAAGCCUAAGUACAACAUGACAUGUAGUAGAGAAGCUGCAGCCAUGUGCCAAGAGUCCACACCAUGGGAGGAAUAUGCCAAGAAAAAUGACACCAGAGUUUGUGGGAUGGUGAGGAGAAUGUUUUACUGCUCCCAUCUCCACACUGAGAAAUGUGUGUUGACACAGACUGAACUUACUGUGGCUAUGGCUGCAAUGUCCUCCAUGAUUGGGUCUCUGAAGCACCUGUGUGACUUCUCUCCAUUUGAGAAGGCUGUUAAAUCAGUUCAGAGCACUACCCAACUUAGUGUUGAACAGAUUAGAGCAGUGUUAAUGCAGGCAUUUAAAGAGGACUCGCUGAAAGGAAGAGAAGUUCUUGACAAUAUGAAGGCGUUACAGAAGACUGUUGAUGUUAUGGAGAGGCAGCACAUCUGUAAACCCUCAGUGGCUCUGCACAACUGCUUCUCCUAUGUGGAGAAUGUAUCACCAUCGGAAUUCUGUGGGGCUGCAAAUAAAACACAUGAGUGCAUUGAAAUGAUGACCAAGGACUGUAACCCAAUGCAGAGGGCACCUGUCAGCUACCUCUUUGGCAAUAUUCUGUACCAGGACCCCAGGCAGUGUGGAAUCCCCAGCACACCAGCCCCAGAAGUCGCCAAAAGUCCAUAUUAUCAGCUAGCUGCUUGUGCUGCAAAUUACACGAUGACUGUACAGAGGGCAUAUGCUACAUCAGUGGCUCAAACUUCCAUAGUUGACAUGUGUGCUGCGGCCAUUAUGCUGGACAGAUGUGUGUACCAUACAGAGGUCAGCUCUACCGCCAAGGUCAUGGUGGGUAGUAUGGCCAUGUUGACAAAAGAACUGGUGGACUUGUCCUGCGGUGCAGUACCUAUGAAUUGGACAGGAGUGGCUUGUAAGAAAGAUGAUGUGGUUUGCGUGGUAAUGAAGAACAUGUCCAAACCUGUGGAAAAACAGGACCCUCCUCCACAAGAGCCCAGUACUUGUGAGGCAGUAUAUGCAGCAGGCUGUUUGGGUAAUUAUCUGAUGAGGAUCCUUACUUCAGCUUUUGUCCCUGUCAGUGAACAGGCUGAUGUCUGCUGGGAGAGAAUGUACAUGGAACAGUGCGUCGUCUCUAGGACAGCCAGCUGUACCUAUAAUAGGAAAGAGGAGUUCCUGAAUGCUGUGGAAUGGUUCAAGAACAUCACUAACCCUGGCUGCUCUGUCGUCACUACCUUCGAAAAUGCCAACUGCUCCAAGGCUCAGGAGUGUGUAGCUAUGGGUCUUUAUUAUCUGACAGAGAAAGAAUCUUAUGAGGACCUUGAUGGAUUUUGCUGGGGGGCAUCAGAGAUUGCCAAGUGUAUUGAACACCAUGCAUCCAACUGCUCUCGACAGGACAUAGUGAACAUUAGGGAGGGGGUGGAAAUAAUGGGCAAUGUGACCCACUUUUACUGUCCACACUUGGAUGCUCAAAUAUGUCCCCUGAGUAAGAUGGAAGGAAGCACCCCAGGAGCUGUGUGUCAAGUUAACAACAUGAGGAUGUGUAUAAACAGAUUUUAUGAGCAGACACAUGAAGAUCUUAAACUGAGUGAUCAGCAGUAUUGCUCAAUAUUGUCCCAGACCACAGACUGUGUAAUGAGGAAUUCCAGUAACUGCCAUCCAGAGACUGUUAACGAGAUGAAGGAACUCAUCAUUCCUGGGAUCCUUAAGGCUAACGUGAACUGUUCCAUCCUCACUCAGACUUAUCUAUCCUACACCUCAUGUCCAAUUGUUGGAAACUGCUCCAUUGCUUAUGCCAUGGGGAAAAUUACAGAGGCUGUUGCCCAGUCUCAGAUUCAAGGAGUUAAUCAGUGCAACCUCUUCUUUUCUGUGCAAAAUGAGUUGUUACAACAGACAUGUUUCCCAGUGGAGACGUCCAUUAUCAACAAGGCACUCCUCCAGUUCAGUGGUUAUCUAAAUGAAGCAUAUGGUUGUAAUAAACAAACCCUUGGAAUCAGGCAGGUACCGGGAGUUGUCUUUGAUAACUCUGAACUUGCCAAAUGUGCAGAUGAAAUGGGAGAGAAUUUAGGAAAUGCUCUAGCCAAUCCACGUUAUGGAGUAUGGGAUAUCUGUGACUCGGCUCAGAAGUACCAUGGAUGUCUGAAGACGCUCUUCAGUAAGGCCAAGAGCACCAGGGAGAAGUUCAUCAGGAUGACAAUGAAGAAAUCAUACAUGGAUAUUGAGAGUUUUGUCAACGGAACAUGUGCCAAACUGAAUAUGACCCAACUUAGGCCCGUGUCACCAGCUGCUGAACCAAGAACCUGUGCUAAAAGCCUUGCUGUGGGAUGUGUAUUGUCCUUCUCCCAGCAGGCAAUGCUCACAGGUCAGUUAAGACCUGGAGACACCGAGCAGUUGUGCAGGUCCAGAAUUGAUUAUUACCACUGUAUGAAGAAUGUCACAGCCGGAUGUUCAAAUGGAUUCACUACCCAACUCCAGACAAUGCUGUCAUUGGCUGAUUCAGUCCUGAUGGGGUCUGGUCAGUGUCCGGAUGAUGUCAUGAUGCAGGCCAAACGAAUGCAGGAGGAGGCAUAUAUGGAAAUGGUUUACGGACCUGCCAGGAAUGACAUCACAAUUAAACUUGUCACAAGAAUGAUGAUGGACAGGAUGCAAUAUAAACAGAAAGAUGAUGAGGAGGGAGAGAUGGGAGAAGAUGACGAGGAUGAUAAGGAAGGAAUGGAUAAGGAUGACAUGAAGGAAGAAAUGGAUAAGGGUGGCAAGGAGGAUAUGGAAAAAGAUGACAAGAUGGAAGACGAUGAUGAAAUGGACAAAGAGGAGAUGGGAGAUAAAUCUGAUAUGAAGACUAUGGGUAAAAUGAUGAAGGGAUGUAAUACCAGAAUGGCAUCCAGAUGUAUGAUGUAUUUCUCCAAUAUUGUUAUCAAGGUCAACAGGUCAAAUGUCAUGGGUCAUUGCAGGGAACUGGAAAAAGCCAUGCCAUGUGUGUGGAACAAUGUCAAGGAAUGUGACGAGGUCACUCAAUAUGUUGCUGUUGACACUAUCAAAAAGGUGACCCAUUAUGGAAUGAGCAUGUGUAAAGCAGCCAUGUACAAAAUGAUGAGGUCAGGAAAUAUGUCUAUGUCGGAGAGAGAGGAAAUGGGAAGAAUGAUGAUGUCACAGAACAUGUCUGAAUCCAUGAGAGAGGAGAUGAGAGAAAUGAUGGGUAACUCGGGCAUGUCAAUGUCAGAGGACUCAGAAGACUCGAUGAACAGAAUGGAGGAGGAAGAAAUGGAUGACAUGGAAAGAGAGAUGAUGGAUGGGAAAAGGAUGAAGGCCAGAUUGGAGAGGAUGUUCAGUAACAUGGAUCCAGUGACUGAGGUUCGAGAAAGGGUGAUGUCCUUUAUGGCCGAAGGUGGGGAGAUUGGAGAUAACUUGCAGGCAAUAAUGAAGCUCCUUAGUGUGGCCCCUGAGGAUGGAAUGUGUGUGGAUCCAGCCAAGUACAAAGAGUUUGGUAGAUGUGACCCUGCUGUGGCUAUGGAGUGUCUGUUGAGUGUGGAUAGGGAACUUCUUAACCCUAUGUCAACUAGAUCUAGGCUGUGUUUGAAGCAGAAUAUCGCCAUGCGUUGCUAUGCAGCUAUGACAGUGGGCUGUGAUCACAUGACAAGCACCAUGCUGGGUGUGUCAAUGUCACUUAUGAUGUACAAAACGGGAGACAAGUGUGAGACAAAGUGGGCCUCCCCAUGUAAACAGGAGGAAGACAGACAGUGUGAGAUGGAGGAGGCAGAAGAAUGUCUGGAAGGACUUCACAAAGUCGUGCUGGCUGCUAAAGACUUCUUACCAGGAUCUGCUACCCAAAUGUGCAUGGUUGCCACAAAGACAAAGCAGUGUUUGAUGGAAAAACUUGCUCACUGUGACACCAAAACUAAAUAUGGAUUCCACGACGCAUUGCGACCUGCUAUACAGACUCUGGACUACAUCUGUGAAACCAUGCCAGCCCUGGGCUGUGUCACCUCCUUCCUCUGGAAGUCAGCAUCUUCUGUUCUCCUCACUUCUGAUUUAGCCAAGGUAGGCUCAGCUGUUCAAACCAUGAAGUUCUUCCGAGAACAGAACAUGAGCAUGCCUGAUGCACUUCAGGAGAAGAUGUGGAAAGAGAUGGGAGAUAGAUUGAAUGGAUCUAGAAGUGAGGCUAUGACUAUGUAUGCUGGAUGGCUGGGUAGGCUGACUGGUAAAGCUCCGGAGUGCAUGGAGAAGGAAGAUAACAUGCAUGGAAUGGAAGGUGUGCUGACAAGUGUGUCUGGACUGAUCAAACUGACCAUGAUGGAAAGUGGAUUGGUUCAUCCAGAGAUGGACUUUGUUGAACAUGUAGAAAUGAUGAUCAGUAUGGAUGAUAAAGACAGUGUGUUGUCUAUGGCCAUAAGUGCUAUUAAUAGAACACUCGUGGAACACGAUAUGCAUCUGAACCACUCCUAUCUGAUAAGAACUGCUGUCAAAGAAAUUGUACAGAUGGGGGAUAGUACCAAAAUGUUGCAAUUCUUUUAUGCCAAGAUGGCUAAGAGCAUGAUUAUGAAGACCAUGGAGAAGAUGGGUAUGAAAAUGAAGAUGGAUGAGAUGGAAGAGGAAGAAAUGGAGAUGGAGAUGCAGAGAUGGAUGGUUGCUGAGCUCGCUAACAAAGUCCGUGAGAUGAUGCCCAAUAUGACAAGGAUGAUGAGGUCACCAGACUACACUAUUGAAUACUUGUCAAAAUCAAUGGAGGUUAUGAAGAUGAAGAAAUGGUCUUCAUGUUCAGAGCUUGCAGAGGCAGCAAGAUGUCUGGAGAGGUAUACUCAUCUGAUCCCAGCUGAGUCUCGAGCCACUUUGAAUGUCACCAUGCAUGCACUCUUUACAGUUGCAGGAGCAGUUUGUGAACCUACCAAGUGCUUCCAGUGUAAUGGAAUGACAAAUAAUGAGCAAUGUAACCUACAAGGGUUCAUGACCUGUGACCCAGGUCAAGGUUGUACCACCACAGUUGCUGAUGGAAAGAUCUACAAGGGAUGUGCUUAUCCUACUGAUGACUAUAAAGAUGACAGAAUGAACUUUAUGACUUGCAUGGAGAGCUGGUGCAACAAACCACUGAUGACUACACACAAAGAAAAAGACCCAAUGUGUCAGCCAUACAUGGCCAUACAAUGUGGAAUGGACCUUGUGCCUAGCCUUGUCCUGAACAGAACACCCAACAUGAGGGAUAUAUACAAGGCAUCGUGGUGUAUGGAUUACCACACCUCUCGUUGUGUGCAUCGUGGCCACCAGGCUGCCAGUCAGCUAGGAUUCAUGAUCAAGCGUACAGCACUAGAGGGCGCUUGUGCUGGGGACCCGGCUCAGUACGAGUGUGGACUUCGCAGUGUCAUUGGACUGGCUACAGCCAUCAACAAACCAGCCAUCUCCAGGGCAGCUAUUUGCUAUGAACUAAAUAACACUUUGACCAUGAUCAGAACAGCACAGGCUCACAAUAAAUGCUCCGAGUAUGAUUCUAUAGCUGUUUACGAGGGAAUAAAAACCAUCAUGCAGAUUUUGGGUCAUGACUAUUGUCCAGGCAUGAUGGCUCGAGAUAAUGCUUCCUGUGAGAUGAUGACUAGGAUGAUGUUAGGGGACAACAAAGAUUCCAAGUGUGAAGUGGAAGAAAUUUCCCAGUGUGUGGAGGAACACAAACUGCUACACUCUCUAGUCAUGAUGUCGGACAUGGAGAAAAUGAAAGCCACAAAGAAUGCUCGGCCAAGGGAUUACGAUCAAGUGUGCAUGGAGCUAUUUUUGGCAUCUCGCUGUAUAAGUUCUAAGAUUAACAGUUGCAGUCAAACCAUUCAACAUCAAGUAAUGAGAAAUGUGACAAACAAGAUGGGAUUUUUCAUCAGACACUGUCCAAUCUCCAACAUGAUGCAUGAGAUGUGUAGUCCUCUACCCAUGCCUGAGCAAGUGUGCAAUAUUCCUUUUGUUAAAGAUGCAUGCUUUGGCAGGUUUAUCUCUGAAAGUGAAAUGUGCAGUGUGGAUAGGUCAGACCUUAUGACCACUUUGGGUUGCAUUGCCAACCACACCUCUGGAUGUGCAGUAGCCCAAGGUGUUCCUGUAUUUAACAUGGUAUUUGAUGUCAUGGCCAGAGUAACCAUGAAAUGUGGUGCGCUCAACAGAGUUUUCCAAGAUAACCAGAAUAUGUACAAAAUGACAGAGGAAAUGGUUGCAAAGAUGAUUAUGGAGUACAACAUAAUGAUGAAGACGGAUAAUGAAAGAGAUAACAAGCCAAUGUCAGGCAUUCUCAACUCUAUGUUGAUGGCCAAGUAUGCACAGAAGACCCAGAACAUGACUGCCGAGGUUGUGUUUGCUAGUUUGUCACCACUCCUACGUAACGUGACCACGGAAAUGGAAAACGCUGCACAGAUGGCCUUAUUUGGAGAUGAGACCAAGGGUGUAGCAGUCUGUAACCUUGACUACAUAGCUAGCUUCAGGAGAGCCCUGAUGAACCCAGACUGGUUUGGCCCUGUAUUCUGUGAAGCUCUCGCUGAGUUAACAUCCUGUCUGAGCCGCCAGAAUCUCUCACCAGUGGCCCAGAGCAGUGUCAUGUACAUGAUGAAUGAAAUGGCUGGAUACACAACUGAGGCUUGUAAGGGUUAUUCCGAGCAAGUCAUGUGGAAGGGCUGGAUGUUGUGGAACCUGACCCAGGGAAUGGCCAAGAUGCCAGCUUACGCUAGACUUGAGGAGCUGUCCAAACACAUGGCGAAUGGCACUCAGGACAAAAUGAACCUGACAGCUAAGGAGGUGGCAGGCAUGCUUGAUGCCAGCAUAGGAUCUGUGGUUGACCAUAUGCUUCAUUCAGGAAAUGAGACAUGUGAUGUAUACAAGAUUUCCGCAAUCAUCUCUGGAUUCUCAGCACAACUAGUGGGACCUUUUGUUCCUGUAUCACAGCAUCCAGUUCUGUGCGAUAUUUUGAACAACUCUGUAAUACCGGAAUUACGUCCACUGAUAGCGAAGUGUUCACCAGCUCACCAGUUGUUGUACAUGGCUGUGAUGGGAACUAUUGUUAAUCAAACAAAACCAAUCUGUGAUCAGCCAGCCAAUAACAGAGUGGCACCCCCACCUCUGUGUAAAGUGGAUGAAGCUUACGGUUGUUACAUGGCAGUUUUCCCCUAUCUCAGCAGCAGGGCAGCUCCUCAGGACAAACUCUGCAGGGCAUACCAUUAUGCUGUAGCCUGUGUAGAGAAGCAUACUGUGUCCUGUACAACGGAUCAGAAGAUAGGACUGUCCUAUAUACAGGAUUAUGUACAGAGUGUGAUCGGGGACACCUGUCCAUUUGUCCAGGCACUUAGACAAUGUUACAGCACCAGCAGCAGUAACUACAUCUGUAAUGUCAAGAAGGCCAAGGAAUGUAUUUCUGUACUAGGGGACUACAGCAAAGGAGUCACAAAAGAAACCUGCAGUAAACUUCCGCAGAUGUUGGAGUGCUACAGUACUCAGACUGCUGGGUGCUCUGGCUCCGAUAUACAUGAUGUGUCCUCCUACUUGGAGGUUCUGAUGCCAGCAUACAAAGUCCUCCCAUACUGUUAUAGUCAGGACAUGUCAGCCACAUUGUAUCGCAGCUGUCAACCCCCACCCACUUGCUCCCUAGAGGAGGCAGGAAAUUGUUAUGCUCCCCUGCUAAGCAAGACAUCUUGCACUGAGCAAGAAGCCUUUUCCAUAAAGAACUGUGCUGCCAGACACUUGCGAGGCUGUAACAUGAUUCAGCUGCAGAUCUUUGACUCCCAGCUGUGGUUCGGCAGACAGAACAUGGGGUCCUGUAAUGCUUUUUCAAUAGACAGCUCCCUCAUCCCAUCGACACUAUCAGCAGAAGCACAGGGCCUCAAACAGUGUGGAAAUAUGUUUAUUGGGAACAUCACUGCCGCUCUUCAAACCAGCAGCAGUUCUCUAGAGAGGAUCUGCAGGAGCAUGCAAAUGAUGUAUGAGUGUUUGAUGUACAACCAGUCUGAGGACGCCAGGAAGUUCCUGACAGCUAUGUAUGGGAAUUCCUUCGCCUUGACGGCAGAGCUGACGGAGCAGGUCUGUGCACAAGUGAAUACAGGAGAAACCUCCAUGGAAGCAAAAACAACUGGAUCAUGCGACACUAAAAUGGCAGCUCAGUGUUUGGCUGCCUAUACUUUCCCUGUGGUAUUCUCAGCCAAUCUAAACAGAGGAGACAAGAAAGCUUUCUGUAGUGAUGGAGCCUUCCAGUCGUGUCUCACUCUUGUAAAGUCAUCCAUGAGUCAAUGUAGCCCUGCAGAAGUAGAACAGUUAGGAAGCUACCACACUUUCCUGGUCACCAUCAGAGACUUCUCUGGGGUGUGUGAUGAACAUUUUGCUACCUGUUCACCAAAUGAUCUGAUGACCUGCGGCAUGGAAACCACUGAGAUGAUGAAGAAGAUGGCUGUAGAGAGGAACAUGACAAACAACAAAGAUGAUAAUCCUUACUGCAGUCAUUUUGGGGCAACCAUGAAUUGUUUAAGAUCAAACUCAUUUGGCUGCUCCAAAGAAAUCAAAAUGGAGGUUGUAAGAGGAGCAGAAGAGGCAUAUUGCAUUGCCAGUGACCUUCUCAAGUCCUGUGACAAAAUGGAAGAGCCCAAAAUGGAGUUGCCAAAAUGUAUGAAAAAGGGACCUAUGACUGCCACUUGUAACACGACAGCAGCCUUUGCCUGUCUUAAAUACCUGUACUGGGAAUUGGAAAGUCCAUUUGUGGAUUGCAGCACAAUGCACGAGACAUACACAACUGCAAUGCAGUGCUACAUGGAGAACAUAGGAAACUGCUCAUCAGGACAGAUGAUGGUAGCUAACCACAUGCUGGGUAUGAUACACAAAGCCGUGUACAAUGUUUGUCCAAUGAUUCCCGGACACUCCUGCCAGGAACCAAUGAGUUGUGAGGCAGACCAGGCCAUGUACUGUGUGGAAAGUCUCGAUCGUUUGUUGUCUGAAAAUAAUAACAUGGAGAAUGCUCACAUGUGCAUGGCCAUUGAUAUGGCACAUGCCUGUGUAAUGGACAAGACUAGUCGCUGCUCCAUGUUUAGUAAGGGAGCCCUAGAUAUGGCCUUGAGUGCAGUCAAGGACAAGGCAGCCAAAGCAAAGAAAAUGGACUGCUCUAAUACCCUGGACCUCUGCAUGAAUAAGUUCUAUUACUCUUCUCUUGGAGUACUUCAGGGAGAAAUGAUGAUGACCAAUGUGUCCAAGAUCCGCAAUCAAGUUACCUCUCAGAUGACAUGGGACAUGAUUAUGGGUAAUGACCCCAUGAUGAAGAUGAGUCAGUGGAAGAUGUCAAUGGACAACAUCUCAUCAUCUGUCAUCGACAUGAUGUCAAAGGAAAUGGAAAAGUCCAUGGCAAAAAUGAUGAAGGAAGACAAGAGCAGUGAAGGGAAGAUGGCAGCAUUUAACCUGCACGUCUUGGAUCUUAUGACACGAGGACUGAAGAGUCACCAAGACAUGUACUUAAAGGUCAAAGCCAUGCAGUGCAUGGGGGCAACCCAGGCUUUUAAUUGUAUUGUAAAUAACCUCCGUAGCUCAUCAUCUGGUCUUCGUAGUGAUGUAGCUGGCUUCAUCGCGGGCGUCGGAUCAGAGCUUUAUGUGGUCAUUAAUGACAUGUGUGCUAAGGAGAGGUCCUGUGAUUUAAUGGAGGAGCCAGACACAUGCCAGAUUCUCCCAGCGGCCACACUUGCCAUGAACCAGGUUGGAUCAAUCAAGGACAUGAAAGCUUUCUGCGAUAUGCUGCCUCACACCAUUCAGAAUGUCACAGCAUUAAUCCAGAGUUGUAAGGAUGAUGAGGUAAGCUAUCACUUCCAGGGUGCAUUGUCCGAGAUGAAGGCAGCGAAGGACACUAUUUGUAGGUCACAGACAGACUGUCAACUGGAUGCAGCCAAGAAAUGUAUCAGUGCCUUCCAGACCAACCCCAGCUGCAGUGCUUAUGAAAGUACCCUGCAGUGUGUGACAGCCAAUCUUAAGUCUUGUGAUGGAGAUACAGUCCGACGUACAGAAUUAGAACUACAAACAUUGUAUGACAAGAUUGCAGCUACCUGUAUUCCACUGCCAAAUCUUGUAACAAGUAUCAAUGCCAAGUCCACCCUGCGGCUGGUAGAGGGAGGGACAGAAGAGAAACUUGGUCUGAAGCUUUCAGAGUCCCCCAGUGACAAGUGUGAGUCUGGAAAAACAUGCCAGGUCAAGGUCAAACUCCAGCUUAGCAACAAUCCUGUCUCCACACCUAUGUGCACUGGAAAUCAAGAAAGAAUACCACAAGUAGUUGUGCAUAAAGCAAAUGGUGUUGCAGAUCCUUGUACUUUCACUUUCACUUCUGACAACUGGGAGAGAGGCACACAGAUCCCCUUGGUGGCCAGUAGUGAUAUGUUGUACGACAGAGUUCAGGAUGUCAACUUAAGUAUGGUGAUGGAGAAAUACACAGACAAUCAGCUGGUUCUUACCAGACAGUUGCCAGACAUGAAGCUUGUUGCAACCGACACUGAUCAGCCAGCUUUCUGUUCAUCUUCCGACUCUUAUAUUGUUACUUUUGAUGGAAUGACAGUCAAGAACAGAUACAGAGGAGAAUUUACAUUGUACAAGCAUGCUACCAUGCCAUAUGAGGUACACAUUCUGAAUCAGGCUUGCACUUCGCGAUCUCGAACCUGUACUUGUGCAGCUAUGGUGAAGUCACAGGAUGAUGUUCUAGUGGUUGAUGUGUGUACUAAGGCCCAAGGCUCUCCAUUAGAAUCACCAGUCAAGUUAUACAAGAAUGGAGACCUUGCUCAAGGUACCAAGAUCUACCAGGACAAUGAUGGAAAUCUUAUCAUGGUUGAGUUACCCACUGCUGCUCUGGUGGUGAUUCAAAGAGAGUCGAGCAAUAAACUGGGUGUAUUUGUGGUGCCUUCAUCUUUGGACUGGCUCAGAUCUGAAGGAUUGUGUGGUGUGUAUGAUGCCAACAAGAACAACGAUAUGGCCAUGCCUGUAACUGGUAGUCUGACUACCAACAAAGCUCACUUCAUCAAAGGAUGGAGGAAUAAGGCUGGGGACAGUCUGUACAUUGGAGCACCUGCAGAUCCAACAUACCAACCUCCGGUUUACUGUACCUGUACUGGUGAUAACAGUCUGGUUCAGAACCGAUGUGAACCAAUGCUCAUAUCAAAGACAUGUCCACUCACUACAUCAGGCAAGGAUGUGACUGCAGGUAUGGUAGAGCUGUCUAAUUCUGUUGGUAACCGGAGAAACAAGAGAGCUGUUGAGAGUCCUUGGGCAGGACUGUCUGGUAUUGAUGCAAACUAUGAUCCUCAGGACACAGAACUGACGAGGUCUGCUUCAGGUAACUGGACUCUGACAACAGCUGGUCAAUACUGUGACAACAUGAUGGGAAGCAGUACACUGAUGAACAAAUGUCAGACACUGGUGGGCUCUAGUUUUACAGAGGCCAUCAAAGACAUCUGUGUCCAAACCAUACUGACAAACGAUGGAACCAGUGGUGUAUCUAUAGACAGCAUUGUUAAGGUACAGUGUGAAGCCCAGCUGACCAAGAUGGCUCCCGCCAUGAGUACGGACACAAGCUUCCAAACUCUGUCAGCAGAAAUCAUGAAUCUGGUUUGUCCUAAUGACUGUAGCAGCAAUGGGCAGUGUGAAGGAGGUCAAUGUAAAUGUUAUCGUGACUACAUUGGAGCUGACUGCUCUAUUCAGGAGUCAGCAGCACCCUCUAUCACAAGCCUGGAAGCAGAUGGUCUGUGUUCUCUACAGAAUGGAGGCUGUAGGACAGUGCUGGUAUCUGGUGGACCAUUCUCUGAGGAUCUGUCUCCAAAAUGUCACUACCAGGCUACUCAGAUGACCGCUAAUGGUUUCUCAGCAACAGGCAGUGUCAUCCACUCACCUGCACAGUUUAUGACCUCCACCCUGCUGGUGUGUACCCUCCCAGACUCCAUGUCACCAGCCACUGGCACUGCUGUCUCAGCUGUCAGUCUGUCUGUCAGUAACAAUGGGCAGGCCGUCAGCCAACCCAGACUCUUCAUUGCUUACCACCCAAUGUGUUAUGUGUGUGAAAGCAGUGGUCGUUGUAACAGUACAACAACAGGAUGUGUUAUUGGUGGUAAAUGCUACAUUGCCAAUGAAGUCAAUCCCAGCAGUGUUUGUGACUUCUGUGAUCCUGUCACAGUAACUACAGAAUGGACCAAAAAAAUUGUGCCUGGAUGCCCUGGAUCAGAUUCUAACCCUACCUCUACCACCACAAAGGCUACCACUCCUAGUAACCCUAAUGGUGCAGGUGGUCAGGGACAGAACAAGGAGUGUUCCACCCCGGCCCCAGUGGUAGAGCAGGAUAAGACAUUAGCCAUCAUUCUUGGUGCCUUUGCUGCCCUCUUCUUCCUCACUACUGUGGUCAUGGGUUGUAAGGCUUGUCGCACAUCAGGGGGAACAAAACACAAAUCUCUCAUGUCAGAUGACAAAGAGUCCAAGCUGAGUUCAAAUUCAGCAUCCUCCAUAGAAGAGAAAAAUACCUCGGCUUUUGUCAAUGAAACAUACAAUGACAAUAUUAAGGAAGUGGUUGUUGACCCAAAGAGUUCCUUUGUUUAUGGAGCUGUUGCUACUAAAACUGAACCCAAAGCUAAAGGAAGCGACCCAACCAGUCUAUAUCCUGAUGUAGAAGGAGUUGAAAAUUAAAGAAGAACACUAACAUAUAGAAAGUCUUCAAAGAGUAGUAAUGGAAAAUCUUCAGGAUCUAGUAGUAUUGAAGACCCAAAAGACUUUGAUAAUGUAGGUUUUACACCCUACAC